GUAAAGACAAGAAAUAAGAAAGUUGAAGUGACGUGAAAUAAAUUGAUUUGCAUAAAAAAAUUGAUACAACAACAAAAAAAUAAAAAAGUGAUCUGGAAAUACAGGACCCCCCACCCCACCCGACCCAUCAACCCCAUCAAGGUGCCCGGGCUCCAGCUGCCAUUUUUAAGCUUCAUGUGAUGCUACUCUGUUUGGAUAGAAACUAUGGAGGCAGAGUGGGAGGAACUUAUGGACAACUCGCAUGCCCCCAAGACCCCCCAACUCACAAAUCUUAUUUCCAAGGCUUCUUCGGAAACACCCUGAGCACUGAGGCACAGCCGGAAGAGACUGAGCAGCAGGCAGAGGAUGUGAGCUCCACUGUUGGAGAGGAAGCAGUUUCCACAGAGUGCUGUCUCAUCGGCGAGCAGGAAGUGACCGAAGUGGCAGAAACCGUAGGGGCCAGUUGCCAUGGCGACACGGCUGUAUGCAGGGUGAAUGUCCCUGUGGACCAGGAAGCACCCGAAAGCUCUGUGUCCCCGAAUACAGAGGAAAAGGAGGAGGAGAACAAUCCAAGUCAAGAGGACACAGAGUGCCUGGUGACAGCCAAAGGCAGAUUCAACAGACGCCACCGGCCAGCUACUCGCCGAAGACAUGAAGACCAAACUGGGAAGGCUAAAAAAGUAUUUGCUCAGGAGUUUGGUGAAUGGACCAAUUCAAAAGCUGCACUGCUGGACCAAGCCUGUGCUCCACAGAAGAAAACAGCACAAGGAUAUGUGGGAUGGGACACCCAACAGGAGUUUGAGGUCAAGGAAAAGACCACAGUAGUCGCUACUGCAAGCCACCCCCUGGAAGAUUUACCAAAACCUUCAAGUAUGACGGCCUGGUCCAGUGCUUUAGAAAACUCUAAAGAUGAAGAAGCAGACAAGGCUGAACUGAAGAGAACAUAUGCCACACAAGUUACCACUGAGGUUCUCCAGCUGACCAUAACUCAAGAAUAUGCCUCACCCAAAGAGCCGCAAGAGUCAAUGUGCAGGGGUAAAGUGAUGACGGGAAGCGAGCAGCUUACAGAAUUCAGGUCCUCCAUGAAAGAAGAUCUUCUUGAGGAUACACACACUAAUCAAACAGACGCACCUUCAGUGGAAAAGCUGACCAACAGAGUGCCAUCACUGGGACAGUCUGUCCAGCUCUGUAGUACUUCUCAAUCAGCAGGUGAAGAAGAGCUGGAAAUGUUGACACAAGAAGAACAGUUAGGUCAACAUGUGGAACCAAAAGAGUCAACUCUUGAAGAAAGACAAGCUGUACAAGGGACAUUAGAUUUGGACUCUCAGUCCACCAAUGAAGUAAAACCAAGCUUCAAUGUCAGCCCCAAAAAGUCCCCAAUCCAGCCAUCAAUCACGCGGGCUGGGGCCUUCCGAGAACAUCCUAAAUCUUCUAAGUCACCAAAGGUGGCAACAUCAUCAGAAGAGGUUAUCAAUGAAAUGGCACUUGCAAAGCCUGAAGAACAAUGCAAGGCCUUAAACACUUUCACUCAACUUUCAGCACUUUACCCGCCACAUUUAGAGCUCACAGCCCAAGCAGAGCAUCUCCAAACUUCAGAAAUGAAAGAAGAGUCUGCCCAACCUAUUGACCUUGAAGAUCCUGCAGGCUCUGUAAAGUUAGUAGUGCAAUCUGUGACUCCGGAGGAGCUGAAUGCUGGGAAACUUUCAGAACCAUCUAAGUCAGAAACUCUACCAUCACUUAAGGCAGAGGCCCAAAAUGCUGGGCCUGAAGAUGCUUCCACAACAUUUCUAAUGGCAGCAGGCCUGCAUUCACAAUCUGAGGACUCGUCCUUAAAUUUGCACCAAGAGGUUCCAGAGAAGGUAAAGACACCGGACAAACAUAAAAAUAUCAAGAGCUCAUAUUCAGAUGAGUGUUCAGGGGCCUCAGGUCCACAAGUUCAUCUUGCAGGGCUUGAGGUGCCUUCUUUGGUAGAACAUCGAGAAGCUGAUUUGCCAUCGGAUGGGUUGGAUGCAGCAGGGCCUUUUGAGGCAAUAAAGAAACCAAUUCAUCAUGUAGGCCUUGAGGAGUCAACCAUAGGAACAUUUUAUCCUGGAACAUUAGGGAUGGAGGCAUCAGAAGAGCACCCCGAAGACCCUUCAACGGAUGCUCCACUAUCACUAAUAGUGUCCUCUCAGGAGUGUCCGGAAGAGUUAGUAACUGAAGUGUCUUCAGAUGAGCGUCCAAAAACGUUACGUGAGGCCAAGACCACAGCCCAACAUAUGGAAGCAGUAGAGCCACCUUCAGAACAGCAUCUAGAGGCAUCUCAAAAUGAAAUCCCACAAUUACUCAAGGUGUCCUCACUAAUGUGUCAGGAGAUAAGAGAGGUAGUCACAUCUCAGUAUCCAAAGAACCCAAUGGCAUCAACCCUACCUGAGGAACAAAUUGAGAUAUCAUCAAAGAUGAUUCCCCAAACCUUGUUGGACACAGAGAAAGAAGAAGUGGAGGGUUCAUCUUCGGGACAGUGUCCGGAGACUUCAGAAGCCAAAAUUCAACAGGCAAAAUCUCAGGAUUCAGUAUUAAAGCACCUUUCUGGAACUUCUGAAAUAGAAAUAGCAUUUUGUGAGGCCUCUGUGAAGUGUCUGGAGGAGGCAGAGGCAGUAGUACACCACACAAAGCCAAAUGAACCAUGUCCAGAAAAGCAUCCAGGAACAUCCAAGUUAACAAGGACAGAAGGACUACUCAAGGAACCAUCAUGUGGACAACAUGUGACGUCAGAUGGAACAGGCCCAGGAGCACCUCCACAGGAUGUAUCAUUAACAGAGACAGUAGGACAAAAACAUUCAGAAUCAGAAAAACCAUCUCCAGGUGAAUAUCCAGAAGAGCCCAAGACAGCAGAACAAAAUGGGCUACAUUCAGAAAUGUGUCCAGAAGAUUUAGAGUUGGGAGAGAUAGCGGGACAGCAUUCAGGGCUACCAUCUCCAGAAAAAUGUCCACAAGAUGAAGAUCAAGGAACCCAGGUUGACAAAUCUGGGAUUUCAAAUUUACAGCAGCAUCCCGAAUCUGUUACAGCUGGGAUUGGCCAAAGAUUUCAAUGUGCAGAACUAGACGAGCCAAUCAACAAGAAACACCCUACAGCUUUAGAGACAUCAAAUCAGCUCAAAAAACUUGAAGAGCUUCCGAAAUCUAUUGAGAGGAGACCUCCAUAUUCCUUUACUGUAAUUUCAGAGGAUGAUUCAGACAUCAUCAGAGGGAGGGCAGACCAAGAUGGAGAAGAAGAGAAGCCAUCUUUAGGAGAAAGUCCAAAAGCUUCAGGAACAGAAGUGAUCUACCAUUUCGAUCAGGAUUUAGAAAUCUUUCCAAAGGUUUCUCAGGCUGAAGAAUUUGAGGAACCGAACGUAGAGGGGCAAACCAAGCCAUCUGAUAGAGUCUCCCAACCACUGGAUGGGCAGACAUCAAGUCAGAGCUCAGGACUGGCAAGCACAGCCUCUCCAGUCAUAGAGACAAAUGCACAAUGUCCAGAGAUUUCAGAGAGUUGGCUUUCAGAACCUGAGAAGUCCUUGCUGGAGGAGCGUUUUGAACUGUCGGAUAAGGCAACGUCACUUCUUUUAGACUCAGAAAGACACUCAGAGAUAACAGAAAUAGUGGUUCACAAGCCUGAAGAUUGUCCUGGAGUUUCAGAUGUGUCAGAGAUGGUACCACAAUAUGGGGAGUCAGAGGAGCCACCUUCAGCAGAUGGCACAAUGGCUUCAAAGACGGAAAGUCAACCUGAGAAUCUGGAGGAGUCAGCUUUGCAGAAAGGUCUGGACAUUUCUGACACGACUGCUGUAUCUUCAGGUGUGCUGGUCUUAUCAGAGUAUUCAGAGGAAAAGAAGAACACAGUCCAAGAUGCAGAGAAAGUGAAACCAUCUCCAGAAGUGUGUCCUAAAACUUCAAUGAAAAACACACAGCUAGAAGAUCUGGAGGAAUCAGUGUUGCACCUACACCAAGAUGUUUUGGAGACUUCUGCAACAGGAACUAUGCCUUUUAUUGAGUUGUAUUCAGAGGUGAGGCAUAUAAAGGACCAGCAUUCACAGCUAGAUGAGCCAUCACUGGAAAAAUGUCCUGAAUUACAAGAAAUUUCAGAUGCAGUGCACAUUGUAUCAGAGGAGCUACCAUCAGUGGAACGUCCAGAAGCUUUUCAGAGAGAGACUCAGAUAGUGAAAUUUGAUCCACCUGUUUUACAAGAACACAAUGGAGAUUCGCUACCAGUGCUAUCAUCUUCUCAACCAUUCUCAGUGGAAGAUCUGAGGGUACAAGAGGAAGCGACACAACCUUCCAAGACUGCUAAACCAUCUUCUGAAGAGUGGCAUAAAUUAUUAGAAAUAUCACAGUCAGCACACACAACAUCAGGGGAGCCAUCUUCAGGUUGUUCACAGAAACAAAAUGAGGCUGAGAAAUUUGAGCAGUCUGUUUCACAGGAGCACAUGGAAGCAUCUCCAUCCGCAGUUUCAGCUUCAUCCGAGUUGUCCCCAGUGGAGGAUCAGCUGGUACCAGCAACACCAGAUCAGGCAGGCCAGCACAUCAAACCAGAAGAGCCAUCUUCAGAUGAACAUCUUGAAUUUUCAGAAGUGCCACAAUUAGGUCCUGUAGAACCAGAAGGACUGUCUUCAGUCGAGUGUCCAGAAGCCUCACCAAGAGAAGCUCUAACUGUAAACUUUGAGUAUUCUGUUUCCCAAGAGCACUCUAAAGCUUCCCCAUCAGUGGUUUCACCCCCAUGUGAGUGCCCAGGGGUACCAGGGAUGGUAACCCAAAAUUUAGAAGCAGAGGGUACCAACACAUCAGAUGAACUAACCAAACCGGAGGAGCCAUCUUCAAUAAAGUAUUCAGAAGGAGAUACUUCAGCCCAAAGUGCAGGACAGGAAGAGUCUUCUUCAGAAGAUAAUUCAGCUGUAGCAUCAGAGGAAUCAAGAACCAAAGAUUCAGAAUCAAAGGAAGCUUCUAGAAAAGAGUAUCCACAUUACAACCAAGUAACCCAGCAUGAAGAGUCUGCAGUAAUGACGGAGACAGCAAAGUCCAGCACUCCAAAGGCAGAAACAGUUCAGUUCAACCACACUGAGGCCCGUGAAACAUUGACAUUUGAAGAUCAUCAGCUAAUUGGAGAUGUAUUUGAUGACCACCCUGAAGCUCCUAAAAGUCUAAUUCGGUCUGAUAUCCCUGACUUCUUAGCUGCAGAGUGUUCUUCAGACUUAUCGAGGGCAACAGCAAUGUGGUAUGAUGACUAUGGGAAUCCAGGCAAUGAAGCAAAGAUGGACACAGAGGAAGAGGAAAACCAAGAUGCAGAUAUCUGUAAAUGUGAAGAUGACCAAAGUCUAAAGGGAAAUGUUCCCACUGAGAAGAAUCUAGAAUUGGAGGAAAAAGAAGUAUGUAAGGAGGACUCUGGAUUUUCCAAAAACAAGCCAAAGGUGUUGACAGCGAGAAGAUGUUUUUCUGCUGGUGAUGAGCUUUCUGCCUGGGACAAAGAAGAAAUGGACGCUGCAUUUGAUGACUAUAGUAAGGACAAUGUGGAAUGGGAGAUUGAUAAAAUCUGGCUCUCCUUGCACCAAAAAAGUGAUGGUUCACAUUGCCAGUUAGACUCUGAUGAUGAACAAGAUGAUGAUGACAGUGAUGAUGAUGAUGAAAUGAGUGAGGACAAUGAAGAGAGUGAUGAUAAAAUAUGGCUUUCCUUGCAUCAAAAAAGUGAACGCUCACAUUGUCAGUUAGAUUUUGACGGUGGGCAAGAGGAAGAAUUAGAUGACUGGAGUCUCCAGGAAGAUCAUUUCCAGCAACUGAAUAACUAUGCCAUGCAGAAAGCUAGAAACAUGCUGUACAGUAUUGAGGAGGAAGAAGAAACUGAACUCGAUGAAGAGAUAUCACAGUCUGACAAGCAUCUUGGUGCUGGCGCAGAUGUAAUUAUGAAAGAUCUCACAACACCACCCCAGAAGGAAAAUGAAAGGGUCUCAACUGGGGCUGAAAUGGAGGAAGAUGAAAGAUUUAGCAAAGCAAAAGAAGAAAGAGAUCAGGUAGGACUGCAGAUCAAGAACAAGGAUGAAUGGGACAUGACACCAUCUGCACCUCUAUCUCUUGAAGAAUCUCGACCGAAGGGUCAGGAACUCAAUAUUCCAACAGUAGACCUGGACACUGCUAUCAUGUUGUCAAGAACUGAAGAGAUCCAGGAAUGUCCACAGGAAGAAAUCUUCCCAGUCUCAGUGCCUGAAGACCUAAAGUUCAAGGAGUCUGUCCAAAUACUGAACUUCAUGUGUGGCAAAUCAGAUCUCCUAGGGGGAGAUAAGGAAGAAGAUGGCUCAACUGUUCCAAUGAUGCAAGUAGAGACACCAUCAUUCUGCUCAGGUGCAUCACAUAUUGAUCAUGCUGUUGAUGGUGAACAGCUCCAAAAGUAUGAAGAACAAGCUGAAGGAGAUCAUGAGAAGCUACUGAUGGAAAUGAAGCAAGAAGCUCCCUGUGACUACCAAGAGGACGCACAUUGCCUCCUAGCAUUGGAUGAUAAAUCAAAUCUAACAGCUUCAGAAGCAGUUAAAGUCAUAGAUGACAGCACUCAAAGACCCAAGGAAAUUCUAGAAAUCAAAGUGUCCACUGAAACAUUAGAGGAGACUGAUGGAGAUCAAGUGAAGGCAACAGACAAGAGCAUCGCAUUUGUAUUAUCUGAAGAAAGAGAUUCGAUGGGAUUGCAGGUCAAGAAUGAAGAUGAGAUGGGUAUGUCCACAGAGAAAACAUCUGGACUUCUACAUCUUGAAGAAUCUCAACCAAAAGGUCAGGAACACAACACUCCAACAGAAGACCCUGAAUCUGCUAUCCUAUUGUCAAGAACUGAGGAGAUCCGGGAAUGUCCUCAGGAAGAAAUGUUCCCAGUGUCAGUGUCUGAAGAUCUAAACCUUAAGGAGUCUGUCCAAAUACUGAACUUCAGCUGUGGCAGAUCAGAUCUCCUAGGGGGAGAUAAGGAAGAAGAUGGCUCAACUGUUCCAAUGAUGCAAGUAGUAGAGACACCAUCAUCCUGCUCAGGUGCAUCACAUAUUGAUCAUGCUGUUGAUGGUGCACAGCUCCAAAAGUAUGAAGAACAAGGUGAUGGAGAUCGUGAGAAGCUACUGGUGGAAACGAAACAAGAAGCUCCCUGUGACUAUCAAGAGGACACACAUUGCCUCCUAGCAUUGGAUGAUAAAUCAAAAUCAACAGCUUCAGAAGAAGUUAAAGUCAUAGACGACAGCAUUCAAAGAUCCAAGGAAAUUCUAGAAAUCAAAGUGUCCACUGAAACAUUAGAGGAGACUGACGGAGAUCAAGUGAAGGCAACAGACAAGAGCAUCGCAUUUGCAUUAUCUGAAGAAAGAGAUUCGGUGGGACUGCAGGUCAAGAACGAAGAUGAGAUGGGUAUGUCCACAGAGACAACAUCUGGACAUCUUGAAGAAUUUCAACGAAACGGUCAGGAACUCAACACUUCAACAGAAGACCCUGAAUCUGCUAUCCUAUUGUCAAGAACUGAGGAGAUCCAGGAAUGUCCUCAGGAAGAAAUCUUCUCAGUCUCAGUGUCCAAGGAUGCAACAGCUAGGUUAUCACUUUUGUCAGAACAAGAAAAUGAAUCUUCUCCUCCAUGUAUAAAAUCAGCAGACUCUGCAGGCAGUGAGGGAGAAGAAGACAUGCUCAAGAAAGGUGAAGGUGUUUUGCUGCCUUCGGUAGAGAAUGAGGACACCACUCCUGAUGUGCCAUCUCACACAGCGUCACAAUCAGCCUCAUUGCAUGAAGACCAACAUGAAGAUCAACAGGAAAGUGAAAAUGACGAUGUGGAUUUACAAACAAACGUUUCUAAUCACCUCUUGUUGAAAGAAACUGUAGAGCCAGGGGAGGAUUGGGAUGGACUAGAAAGGCUUGGUGACAAAGAUAAGGGAUUGUUGGUCAGGAAUGAAGAAGCUACAAUUGAUUAUUUGAGGGCAUUAGAAACACAUGAAGAGGAGAACCUGGGUACAUCAAAAAUAAAUGAAGACGAAAAUCAUGGUGUGGUAGAAGGUAAUAAGGAGGGAGAUCAGGAUGGGCCAAAAGGAUCAGGAGAUGAAACAUGGAAUGCUUCAGAGACUACCGGUAAAGUGCAUCCAUGUAUGUCAUUGGAAAGGGAAGAGCUUGAUGAGUUUGUGGUCGAAAGAACAGACAAAAUUAGGGUGAAGGAUGAGGAUGUAUUAGAAAUAAAUAAAGAAGAAGAUCAGGGCAUAGUAGAAAGAAUAGACGAUCAGAAUCAUGAUGUGUCAGAUGUUACCACUGAAGGACAUCAAGGUACAUCAUUUGAAAGAGAGGGACACGAUGAAAUUGCGUUUAAAAGAGUUGAUGACACCAAAGUGAAAGACCAGAGUGUAUUAGAAAUUAAUGAAGAGGAGUGUGAGGGUGCACCACAAAGAGGGGAAGAUGAGGGAGAUAAAGCCUCAGAUGUUAGUGAUAAAGAGUGUCUCUGUGUACCACUAGAAAGUGAUGAUCAUGAUGAAUUUGUAUUCAAACGAAUUGAAGAGGUGAACCAGGGGUUACUUGAAUGUAAUGAAAAGGGUGAUCAAGACCACCCUGAAACCCAUGAAAUGAAGGUUUGUGGUAUAUCAGUUAACAAGGAAAAGGGUAAUCGGGGUUUAGGAGAAAGAAUAGGAAGGGAUGGUGAGAGUGUGGUACUCGAAUACACUAAUGACCUAGAAAAUGUCACUUCAGGAAUCACUUAUGGUGACAAUGAGGGUGUGUUGCAAUUAAGUGAAGAUAGAUGGGAGGCACCAGAAAAGAAAGAAAAUACAGAAGAGAAUGUGGCUGCUGUGGUGAGUGCAGUAGACCAAAGUGAACUUGGAUUAAAUAAAGUGGAGGAUAAGGGAGCUCUAGAAAGAACUGUAAGGGAAAGUUGGGAGACAUCAGAGAUCCUCCAACAAGAGGAUACAAGUCCACUAGAAGGACAUCCUGGACAAGAUCAGAGAGUGUCAGAGAAUAUUCUAGUGGAGAAUAAGGCAUUAGGACAUUUUGAAAGGGAGGCCUGGGCAGAGUCAAGAGGAGAAGAACUACAGAGUGAGGAGAGAGCAGAAGAUGAAAAGCAGGUUUACUUAGAAGUAAUGAAAGAUGUGUCUCCCUCAUCAAAUCUAGAAAAAGCGGUUAGUCAAGGAAUAAUGGAAAGAACUGAAGAGCGGCAUGAGGAAGACUCGGAAAAAAGUAAAGAGGAAGAAAAGCAUGAAUCUGAUAGAAAUGAUAAGGGAGAUCUGCACGUAUCUGUGGCCGAUGAGGGUGUAAUAGAAAUUAGAAUAGAAAAGAAUGGAGAGGAAUUGGAAAUACAAGAUAGAACAACAACGGCAGAUCCAGAACAAGUGGAAGAUAGGAUUGUGUCACAACUUAGUGACAAUCGGCACAAGGGGGUUAUGGAAAGAAAUGAAGAGGAUGACACAAGGUCAUUGGAUAUUGUUAAAGAAGAGGAUGAGGAACUAUCAGAGAAAAGGGAAGUGGAGGAAGCAAUUCUAUUAGGAAAUUCAGAAAGAGGGGGAAAAGAUGUAAGAAAAAGUAUGGAAAUUGAAGGUGCUGAUGGAGAAAAUCAAGUUAUUUCAGAUGUGGUGAAUGAGAGAGGCCAGAGAGCAGCUGGCACAAUUAAAGAGUGUGUUCUGGAAAGAGAGGAGGGGGGAGAUCAAGUUGUGACUGAAAUUAAUGAAGAGGAAUGUCAGGGAAUGCCAAGAAAUAAGGAAGAGGAAGGUCAGGAUGUGCCAGAAAGAAAGAUGGAGGAAUAUCAGGCAGUGGUGGAAAGGAAGAAGGAAAAAAGUGAGGAUGAGGUAAUAAGAAAUGAAGAGGAAUGCCAGGGUGUGGAGGAAAGGAAUGAAGAUGAAUGUCAUGAUGUGGUGGAAAGAAAGAUGGAAGAAUAUUAUGGUAGUUCAGUAGGAAAACAAGAGGAAGGUCAGGUUAAAGACAUGGACAUAGUUGAAAACAAACAGGCGGAUUUAUGUGUGUCUGAAAGCUUUGAAGAGAAACCUCAAGAAAGUUUUGAAAGGAUUCAAGAAGAUACAAAUGUUGAUAAUGGGAGCCAAUGGGCCUACCAAAAAAUGGACUUGGAUGGCAGCUCUUUAUCAGAAAAAAGAGAAAAGAAUGAAGAAAGUUCAUCCAAGAUUAUUGAUGCAGGAGACGGAAGCUCAACAAAAACACUUCAGACAGACCUGGAAAAAACUGUGCAAGAGAAGUCUGGCUCAAAAGCUGAGUCCAUAUUCGUUUUGAAAAGAAAGGAAACAAAUGAAGAGGAGACUGAUGGGGUAUCAAAGAUAUCAAGAACUGUAGGUCAUGACGUAACAUUGAUUACACUUGAAGAAGAACAAGAAGCAGAAAAAGUUAAAGAAAUGAAAGAUGAGGGGGCAUCAAAAGGAGAAUUAAAGGAAUGUCUAAUAAAAAGGAAUGGAGUGAAGGAUCAGGGUGCAUCAGAGAGUACUGAAGAUGAAGUGGAAGGCACGUCAGGAAAUUUGGCAGCUGAAAGGCAGGAUGAGCCUGUGGUAGCUGGGGAGGAGACUAAAUCUGUGAAAGAGCACCUCAAACAAUGGGAUUUCAUCACUUCCAGGGAAUUUCAAAGCCCUGGUCAAGGAGGAGAUUCUCCUGACACCGGUGUCUCCCAGAAUUCAGAGGCUUCCCAUGGAACAACCAAUGGCACAGAAAAGAAGAUGAAAUCAGGAAAGGUGCAGCAGCUGCUCCUUCAGCUGGGUGGACAACCGGGCUUCCAGCCACCUAUGUUUUCACCAAAAGGAGGACUGGCCACAGGAAGACAUUCAGCACCUGUCAAGAAGAUUAUGAAGGAAAGUGGGGGACUGGGCAACGAAGAAGAAGCCAAACCCACACGCAGGAAGCUGGUCCUUCCAGUUAGAAAUCUUGAGUCCCCAGAGCCGGAGACGACAACUAAGGAGGACAUGCAGGGUGGACCACAAGCUGGUGGGGAUGUGAGCCCGCUGGGGUCAGUGCAGCUUGGCCCCCAGCUGUUGGACCUGAGUGCCCAGAAGUCCCGCAUUGCCUUACGUAACAAGCAGUGCCGACCACCUCAAGACCCCAAAGAAAUCCUGAAGAAGCCCAGCCUCGCUCCAUCUCCGGUUAAACUGCCCAGACCGGAGGGCAUCGGUGGUGUGCCUUUACCAUUCAUGCUGCCAGGACUGGGAGCUGGACCACCAGUACUCAGGAAGAGGGAGACGGCACCGGCCAGCAUUAAACAAGAGCCGCUGGUCACCAUGGAGGUGGAACAGCCAAAGCUUGGCCCCCAGCUGUUGGACCUGAGUGCCCAGAAGUCCCGCAUUGCCUUACGUAACAAGCAGUGCCGACCACCUCAAGACCCCAAAGAAAUCCUGAAGAAGCCCAGCCUCGAUCCAACUCCGGUUAAACUGCCCCGACCGGAGGGCAUCGGUGGUGUGCCUUUACCAUUCAUGCUGCCAGGACUGGGAGCUGGACCACCAGUACUCAGGAAGAGGGAGACGGCACCGGCCAGCAUUAAACAAGAGCCGCUGGUCACCAUGGAGGUGGAACAGCCAAAGCUUGGCCCCCAGCUGUUGGACCUGAGUGUCCAGAAGUCCCGCAUUGCCUUACGUAACAAGCAGUGCCGACCACCUCAAGACCCCAAAGAAAUCCUGAAGAAGCCCAGCCUCGAUCCAUCUCCGGUUAAACUGCCCAGACCGGAGGGCAUCGGUGGUGUGCCUUUACCAUUCAUGCUGCCAGGAUUGGGAGCUGGACCACCAGUGCUCAGAAAGAGGGAGACAGCGCCGGUGUGUAUUAAACGAGAGCCAGUGGCCACCAUGGAGGUGGAGCAACCAAAGGUGCUGCCAGAAAACCAAAGUGACCAGGGCCUGGAAACUCCACCGAAGAAGGAGGUUAAACCGAAAUGGACACCUCCUGGGAAAGUCGGAUUCGGCAUGGCGCACCCGCAGAUGAUGUUAGAGCUAAGGGGAAAGCUGAAGAAGACCACCGACUGAAGAACACGCCAGAAAGCCGGCUAUUUAUUUGCUUGCAUGUUUCUGAAAGAAGCGGAAUGUACACAAACUUGUAUUUAUGUAUUUAUUUCUUACAAAAUAAAGCCAUCUGUAUAUGGUUUGGGGAUGUUA